UGGCUUGAUGCCGAGAGUGUCCCAUGGUGGCUGCUGAAGGAUGACUGCUUGGUAGCUCGAUGAGGUCAGACUCAGGAUUGGAUCGCAGCAAGUUGGGUGCUUUGAGCAAGUUGGGUCCAAACCCCAACAGCGAUGAUGUGCGCAGCAUCCUGAAAUUGGUGGUCCAGGACUGGCGCCCGUGCCCACAACUGGCCACUGCUGUUUUAAGUGGCUUGGGCCGCCAGUCGCUGCCGACCACUUGCUUAGAAGUGCUGAAGGGCAUGGAAGCCUCUCAGGUGCAGACCGAUGUCAUCCACUACAACAGUGUACUUAGUGCCUGCCGUUCGAAGUGGCAAGCUGCCACUUAUCUCCUGCAAAGAGCAGCUCGAAACCACCUCCAGCUGCAGUCAUUGAGCUUUUGCCUCAGCUUUUCAGCUGCACGCGCUCAGCCAUCAGCGUGGCAGCUCUGCUUGUCAGCGUUGCAUGUCGACAUGCCGAGUUUGAAGGUUGAAGCGGACAUUCGGAGCUUUGGUGCAGCAAUUGGUGCAUGUGAGAGGGGUCGAUGGGUCGAAGCAGGCUACUUGCUGGAAGAGAUGGCGCAGGCACGUUUGCCUGGGGAUGUAAUGUCCUUUAGCUCGGGGAUCUCCGCUUGCGGUGAAGGUGCAGAAUGGGAAGCUGCCAUGCAAGUACUGCCAAAGAUGGAGCACCUGCAGAUUGUGCCAGACUGCGUUUGCAUAAACACCUUGAUUGGCACCUAUGCUGGCUGUGUCUGGCCAAAGGCUAUAGAAUCCUUGAGGUGGCUCACCUCCAAGAGGUGGAGCGAGGCAGUGAGCUUCAAUGCAGCCAUGAAAGUCGUAGGAUCCGCCUCCUUUUGGGAACUGGUUCUGGAGCUGAUGCGGCAGAUGACAAUCUCAGCCAUUAAUCCCACCUUGGUCAGCUUCAACACAGCCAUGGCCUAUGUUUCAUGGGAGGUCGCACUUUGCCUUCUGGAGGAUUUGAAGACGGCAGCAUUAAAGGCUGAUGAGAUCAGUCUGAGUCAGGUGCUGAGCUCCUUGAGCUCUGCUUCAGAGUGGCAGAAGGCACUGGAGCUUGUGGAGGUCAUUCCUAGCACAGUUGGCUACAACCAGGUCAUCAGAGCCUGUGGGCAGGUCAAGUGUUGGUACCUGGCACUGGAGCUCUUGCACCGAAUGCCGGGCCGAAGUGUCCGCCAGGAUCUUGUGAGCUUCAAUUUGGCUUUGACCAGUUGCCGCGAUCAUCCCCAGCACGCUGCCGCGCUCUUGAAGCAGCUGCCCUUCCCACCUGACGCGGUAACCUUCAGUGCUGCAAUUAUGGCGACAGUGGAUUGGCGGGAAGCCCUGUGCUUGCUUGAAGAGAUGUCGCAGCAAUCCUUGGAGAGUACAGCGCCCAGUCACAAUGCAGCUAUCCGAGCAUGUGAUCGAGCAGGCGAGUGGACGAAAGCGCUUGUGCUGUUGGAUGAGAUGGUCCUGGGCGACUUCAGCGACAUCAUCAGCUUCAACAGUGUCAUCAAUGCCUGUGAACAAGCCAGCGAAUGGCUGGUGGCACUGAGACUAUUGGAGACUAUUGAGGCCGAAGGCUCCAAGGUUUCCCCAGACGUGGUGACCAUCAGUGCGGCCAUCUCUGCCUGCGAAAAGGCUGGCAUCUGGAUGUGGGCCUUAGGGCUUUUGGAGAGAUCUGUAGAACCGGAUGUGAUCGCUUACAGUUCUGUCAUUGCGGCUUUUGAUCGGUCUUCGCUUUGGGUUGAAGCACUCCAAAUCUUAACAUCCAUGGAGGCAGGGCAGGUGCCGCCAAAUGACGUGAGUUUCAAUAGUGCCAUCAGCGCGUGUGCCAAAGGGGGUGAAUGGCAACGAGCUGUAUGGCUCCUGCAAGGUAUGGCAAGUCGACAGCUUCGUCGCAGUGUUAUUUCAUUCAGUGCUGCCAUUAGCGCUUGCGAAUGCAACCUCGAAUGGCAGCGUGGCAUUUUUUUGCUGCAGAUGAUGUUGGAAUCAGCCUGUGCGCCAGAUGUCAUUGCAUUGAACGCCAGUUUCCAAAAUUGCGAGAUGGCCAGGCAGUGGGAGAUGGCCUUGGCUCUUCUGCGUCAAGGACUCCAAUGGCAUUUGGAGCCAGAUGUGAUGUCGUGGACCAUGGUCCUUGGCGCUUGUGCAAAGACUCGGCGCUGGGAACUGACACUGUCUUUGCUGGUUUCGAUGCUGGGCCAGAGGCUAGAGCCUUCGAUCAUCAGCUUUAACACGGUUUUGAGCGCCAUGGAUCAGUGCCAAGUCCCUUGGAAGCUGUCCUUGCGGCUUGUGCACUUGAUGCUGGCGGGGCAAGUGGCCCCGGACUGCGCUGCAUAUAGCUUGCUCAUGAAGUCUUGCGAACUCUCUGAAUGUCCCUCUGCUCUCGACCUGCCCUUUCUCCACAGGUAGCCACUUUGCACAGUUUCAGCAAAUGCUGUCCUUUUUGACGUGCUUGGCAUUUGACGCGGCCGUUGGGCUGUCGGAGACAAAAGUGGGUGCACAGUCCCGCCCGGUCUGGCUGGGGCAGCGAAGAUGGUUGAUCCGGU